CCUGCAUUGGUCGGCUCAUCAGACCCCACCCCUCCCCGAUGAUCGGCCUUGGUUGCCUGUAGUGCGCGGCCAAUCAGCGCGGCGCUGAAGGGCGGUGACAACAACAGAGGCAACAACAGCCGAAGCAGCUGCGGCGGCGCCAGGCCUGGAGGGGUGGGAGCUAGGGGAGACGGAAGCGGGUCCGCGGGAGAAGCUGAGAGCGGAGGGGCUGCGCUACCGCCAUGGGGGCAGUGCUGGGCGUCUGUUCUCUGGCCAGCUGGAUUCCAUGCCUGUGCAGUGGUGCAUCAUGUUUGCUGUGUCGCUGUUGUCCCAACAGCAAGAAUUCUACAGUUACUCGGCUUAUUUUUGCCUUCCUGCUUCUACUGAGUACUCUUGUUGCAUGUAUCAUGCUGGCACCAGGAAUGGAAAAACAGCUGAAAAAGGUGCCUAGAUUUUGUGAUGGCUUUGUUGACUGUGAAGCUUUGGUUGGAUACAGAGCAGUCUACCGAAUCAGUUUUGCCAUGGCGGUGUUUUUCUGUCUCUUUGCACUGUUUACGAUACAAGUGAAAUCAAGUAAAGAUCCAAGGGCUUCUGUGCAUAAUGGGUUUUGGUUCUUCAAAAUCGCUGCAAUUGUUGGAAUCAUGGUUGGAGCAUUUUACAUUCCAGAAGGGCCUUUCACAACAGCAUUAUUUGCUAUUGGCACCGCCGGUGCCUUCUGCUUCAUUCUGAUCCAGCUUGUGCUGCUUGUAGACUUUGCUCAUUCCUGGAAUGAAUCCUGGGUUGAACGAAUGGAAGAAGGAAACUCCAGAUGUUGGUAUACUGCUCUGCUGACAUGUACUAGCUUGAACUACAUCCUGUCAUUUAUUGCCAUUGUGCUGUUCUAUGUCUUCUACACAAAACCUGAUGCCUGUACUGAGAACAAGUUUUUCAUCAGCUUUAAUAUGAUUGCCUGCAUUGCUGUGUCGAUCACAUCAAUCCUUCCCAAAGUCCAGGAAUACCAAUCUCGUUCUGGUCUUCUCCAGUCCUCUGUUAUUACUCUCUACACUAUGUACCUCACUUGGUCUGCCAUGUCCAAUGAGCCUGAACGUAUCUGUAAUCCAAGUCUUUUGAACAUCAUCAGUCAAAUAGCUGCACCUACUUCCAUCCCAGUGAAUGCAACUGUUGGACCUGUUCCUACACCUGCACCGCAAAAACCACUGCAGUGGUGGGAUGCACAGAGCAUUGUUGGGCUUAUUAUCUUUGUACUUUGUCUCUUGUACUCCAGUAUCCGGUCUUCUAACAACAGUCAAGUGAACAAACUGAUCCUGUCUGCAAGUGACAGUGUCAUUCUGGAUCAUGCUCCAGGUACUGGUGGAGAUGUAGAAGAUGGAGACACUCAGCGGGUCUUGGAUAAUGAAAAGGAUGGUGUUCAGUAUAGUUACUCCUUUUUCCACUUCAUGCUGUUUCUUGCCUCCCUGUAUAUCAUGAUGACUCUUACUAAUUGGUAUAGCCCUGAUGCUGAAUCCAAGACUCUGACAAGCAAAUGGCCAGCAGUCUGGGUGAAGAUCUCUUCAAGCUGGGUCUGCCUCCUCCUUUACCUUUGGACCUUAGUGGCACCUCUUGUCCUUACCAGUCGGGACUUCAAUUAAACGACAACUUCUCUGAAAGCAUGGAAAUCUGAAGUUCCUUUCUGUUGAAAGCCAAAUGUUCUGUAUUGCUUCUUGGAGCUAAGGCUCCAGCCAUCUCUCCUGCAAUAUAUACCGAUGAAUAGAAAGCUGCUAAUAUGUAUAAUGCUUGAUGCAAGAUUUAAACUGUACAUUUUGAUAUGUUUAAAGCAAAGCUAGCUUUACUAUUAGUCACAGCUGUGCUGUUUGAAGUGCUGUAAAAACCAGUAGUGUGAACACCAAACUGUUGCAAGAAAGAUUGAUUGAGCUGAAAGUAAUAUAUUUUAAAGUUCUAAUGCUUCAGUAUAUGGAAGUGAAAGCCAUACUGCAGAUGUACAUUCCACUUCAGGAAAACAUGUCCAAGGGUGCUUUUAAUAUGUAGUCUGUUUUUAUCAAUAGAAUAGCAUGCUAAUAUAGUGUAGCAAGUUCAAAUUAGCAAUUUUAGAUGAUUGUAGAAGACAAAUUUUAUAGAAAACAGAUGUUCCUCUAAAUUUUAGCAUUUGCCAGUUAAUUUGAAAUGAAGUAUCCUAUAUGCUUUAACCAAAUUAUAUUAAGAGAAGUUGAAGUGCUGUUUUUCUAAUAUUAGCAACGUGGAUAAAAGCCAGUGCAUCAUUUUGUGAAUCUUGGCAUUUAAUAUUUGCACUAUAAAUAUGUUUGAUUAAAA